AUGGGUAAGCCAGACGAUGCCAGCUUCGAGAAGGCUGUUCGGGAUGGUGAUGAAACAGUCAGUCACAUCUUCUCGAUUAAGCACGAAUGUGAUGCACUAACUGCGAAACAGUACCCGGAGGGUGUCUAUCAAAUAGCUUUACCGACCAUGCCGCAUGUGUUCUUUCCACCAAAGGCAAUGAAAGAGCUCUAUUCAUCGACCUCUGCAAGCUUCGCAGCUCAUACGGCUGAUAUCCUUCUGGGAAAGUACACGUACCAGGGCGAGGAGAACGUAGAGCUCAAAGCGGGGAUCAGAGCCAUGUCCAACAACCUCGACGUGGUGAUCAGAUCUUUCGAGGCUGAUGUGCCUUACGCCUUCGAAACAGUCUUCGGAAAUUGCGACGAUUGGGUAAUUGUGGAUCAGAUCUGGCCUGCUACCUUCCGACUUGCGGCAAUCAUGAGCUCCCGGCCAUUCCUCGGGAAAGAGCUGAGCCGUGAACCGAAAUGGUUCGCCGCCAUGACAGACUACGUCCAGAGUCUUAGUAGUGCAGUCGGUAGCUUGAGGCCAGUACCUGCUAUUGUUCGAUUCUUCUUUGAGUCACGCAUUCCACGUAUUCGAAAUCUUGUGAAGGCGCGCGACCGCAUGGAGGAUCUAAUGCUACCAGUGGUACAAGAGCAUCUAGAUCGUUACCUCGCGACAGGAAGAGACUCCAAGUCUAGACGAACAGCUGCCAUCAGCUCAGAUGGUGGUGAGCUCCUAGACUGGAUGAUUCCAGAGUACCCGAAUCCCUCCGCAAAGAAGCUUGCUCGAGACGAAAUCACGAUCAUUCUCGAAUCGGUCAUGAACAUCUCCGGAGGUCUUAGUCACUCACUUUUCAAUAUUGCAAAAUACUCCGAGUACCAGACCCCACUGUGGGAAGAGUAUGAGGAGGUGAUGCAGACGACGAAAGGACUAAGUAAGGCCGCCCUCUUCAACAUGAAGAAGAUGGACAGCUUCAUGAAAGAGGUACAUCGCUUGAACCCCCCGUCCAUGAGUAAGUUUAUCAAUGGUUUGACCGGCAUCUUUCUAGACUUACUAAAGAUAAUAGUGGCUAUUAUGAGGAAGGUUGUCAAUCCGAACGGAAUGCAACUCUCAGUGGGUCCCCGCAUUCCGUGUGGUACACUAUGCGCCGUUAGCGCGGAUCGCGUCAACAUGUCACCCGAAUUCUAUCCCGAACCGCAUAAGUUUGACGGUUAUCGUUUUUAUCGCAUGCGCCAGCAGCCUGGAGAAGAGUUUCGGCAUCAGCUUGUCUCCACUAGCAACGCUGAGAUCAAUUUUUCGUUCGGUGGCCGAGCUUGCCCGGGCCGCAUCUUCUUCUCUGCUUUGGAAAAGGUCGUAUUGGCUUAUCUGUUGACACAUUACGACAUCCGCGUUAAACCGGGGCAUGAGGAGGUUGAAAGCCGGUAUAUAGAUGGAAUUAGGGUUGUGAUCGAUCCUCGCGCAAUCAUCCAGAUAAAAAAGAAGUGUUGA